ACGACAUAGAUCAUUGAUGAAGUUAUUGAAUUAUUAAUCUACGAAAUUAACAUCUUAAUCAUGGCGGAUGCAGCAAAGAUACAGUAAGAAUCUUGUACUUCUGUGGAUUCUCUCUGCACAUACUAAUUUAUUCUUCAGAGAACUUCUCGCAAAGCCUCGCAAUGAGCUCACGUAUGUCCAGCACUUCCCUCCAACUAUACACCAGACUUAUCAGACUAACCUUCAUCAGUGAGUUCGAGGUCGCCCAAAUCGAAGAACACGAAUUCACAUCUGGUCCCCUCUCCCUUCUUCAGGCUGCUGUCCGCUCUCAUGGGCAAGUAUUGAUUUCCUGCCGUAACAAUCGAAAAUUACUUGCGCGCGUCAAGGCUUUUGAUCGUCAUUGCAAUAUGGUGUUGGAGAAUGUGAAGGAGAUGUGGACUGAGACGCCAAGGUUGACCGGUGGCGGAAAAGGAAGACCAGUUAAUAAGGAUAGAUUUAUCAGUAAGAUGUGAGUAUUCUGUACUUGGAUUGUCAAUUGGACAUUGCGCGGACCGUGAGAUCAGAGUUGGACGAGAAACUACGAGUAAAUGAUGCCACGUAUCAGUUGAUGGAAGGCAGCAUGGGGAACACAGCUAACACGAUUCGACUCUUCCAGGUUUUUAAGAGGAGAUUCCGUUAUUCUAGUCCUUCUAAGCUGAACGGUCGACAUUCGAAGGUCAAGAUAUAUGGAUGGACAGAAGAGGGGAUCAGCCAAGGAUCUAUCAAAAAACACCCGACAGGACCUGUGGAGGAAAUAAAUGUGAUAGUUUCGGGCGUUGUCAAGAUCAACGCGCAUACCAAAUCAGCUUAUAGCUAUGAAUUCAAUGCACGCAUGAGAAAGUUCAUGCCAAAUAGGGAACCAAUUUUAUGGAGAAUAGGAAUAUUAGAUGAGAAAGAAACUCUCUUUAAAUUUCAGAUGGGAUACAUCGCUGGUGACUUGCUAUUGUGAUAUGAAUAUCAUUCAUGGAUCAUCCCUAGAGGUUAGUCUCAUUUG